UGUGUCUUUCACCUGACAUUUGACAGGUCACAUUGAAUGCCUUAUAUUAUGAUAUUGUCAAAGCUUCACUAACAUUUUUCUUUUAGUGAAAAUACAAGUUAAACUAUUUUUGAAAACAAAACGAAAUACUGUCAAAAUGACCUGUCAUCUUGAAGUAAAGAAUAAAUAUGGGCAUCAAAAGAAAAUUAGUGAUACAACAGAAUUUAAAGAGUUAACUAAAAAAGAUGCUGAGAUACAACUGGCUCAUGAGUUGGAAAAAUUGCUUCUAACUUCACCUUCUGAAAGAGAAAGGUAUGAAAGUGAAUUUUCUGGUUAUCAAAAAUUAUUUCAACAAUUUUUGUUGGGAACUGGACCUUCUUUACAAUGGGAAAAAAUAGAACCUCUUCCAGUAGAUGCAAUAAAAGAUUAUGGUGGCCUUGCUGCACCUGAUACAAGUGUAAUCAGAGACAUGUUGAAUAAACUUGUGGUGGUGAAACUGAAUGGAGGGCUUGGCACUAGCAUGGGUUGUACCGGACCAAAAUCUGUCAUACCUGUGAGAAAUGAUUUGACAUUUUUAGAUUUAACAGUCCAACAAAUUGAGCAUUUGAAUAAUACCUAUGAUGCAAACGUUCCUCUAGUUCUUAUGAAUUCAUUUAAUACGGAAGAAGAUACUCAAAAGGUUUUAAGAAAGUAUCGAGGAUUCAGGAUAAAAAUCCACACAUUUACUCAAAGCAAAUAUCCAAGAAUAAACAAAGAGAGUCUUAUGCCAAUAGCUUAUUCCCUUGAAGAUGAUGAUCCAGAAUCUUGGUAUCCACCAGGUCAUGGAAAUUUUUAUGAUGCGUUUUACAGUUCAGGAUUAUGUGAAAUGUUUCUAAAAGAAGGUCGAGAAUUCUGUUUUAUUUCGAACAUUGAUAAUUUAGGAGCUACUGUUGAUAUUAAUAUUCUUAAUUCUUUGAUUAAUCCUUCUAAACAACCAUCACCGGAGUUUGUUAUGGAAGUUACUGAUAAAACAAAUGCUGAUGUGAAAGGUGGUACUCUUAUCCAAUAUGAAGGCAAAUUAAGAUUGCUUGAAAUAGCCCAAGUACCAAAAGAUCAUGUUGAUGAAUUUAAAAGUGUAAAAAAAUUUAAAAUCUUUAACACAAACAAUUUGUGGAUAAAAUUAGAAGGCAUAUCACGGUUGGUUACAGGAAAAGGAUUAGAUAUGGAGAUUAUUAUCAAUCAUAAGCACUUAGACAGUGGGGAAAAUAUCAUACAAUUAGAAACAGCUGCUGGUGCUGCAAUGAAAGACUUCAAUGGUGCUAUUGGUAUCAAUGUGCCAAGAAGUCGUUUUCUUCCUGUGAAAAAAACUUCAGAUCUCCUUCUAGUCAAAAGCAACUUGUACGCUAUGCAGAAUGGCACCCUCAUCAUGAAUCCACUCAGAGCAUUCCCAACUGUUCCUUUAGUCAAGUUGGGAGAUAAUCACUUUUCAAAGAUUCGACAAUUUUUGGGGAGAUUUGCUAGCAUACCGGAUAUGCUUGAGUUGGAUCAUCUCACCGUCUCUGGGGAUGUUACCUUUGGAAAAGAUGUAUCAUUAAAGGGAACUGUGAUAGUCAUUGCAAAUCAUGGAGAUAGGAUAGACAUACCCCCUGGAUCCAUCUUAGAAAAUAAAAUUGUGUCUGGGAAUCUCAGAAUACUCGAUCAUUAGAAAGAUUGUAUAUAUUUUAACUAAGAAAUAUGUGAACUUUAUUUAUUACCCAUUCAUAUGUUAACGAAAUGUCAUUAACUGUUUUGAAUUCAUUUGACUUUUAGAAUUUCAUUAUGUUUCUGUUUUGUUAUAACAUCAAGAGUUUAAUAUGUGAAAGUUAUUCUUGUUACAACUAAUCAUUCUUUUAUUUAAAUUUUUAAAUGAUAUUUUUUUUUAGCAUUAAUGCAAUUGUUUUUAAAAAAAAAUCACUGUAGUUUUAAAAUUCAAUAAAUUUUGU